GAAAAAACGAACAAGUAGGAGGAAAAAAACAAGCGAUGCUCCUGCUCCUGCUCAAACGUACAGUGAAGAGGCUAUGAGUCUUCAAUUCACCAACGGCUAUUAUAAUCCACUAGUUAUCAGCUGACUAGUCUCCUCAGUUUUUCUGCAUCAUCACUCUCUCAAGCGGUGGAACGAUGACGUCGCAAGAAGUAGCAGCCAAGGAAGAAGGAGCUAGCGGCGGCGAGGACUACCACGACCAUGCACCGGCGGCGAAGGACUACCGUGACCCGCCGCCGGUUCCGCUGAUCGACUUGCCGGAGCUGGGGCAGUGGUCAUUCUACAGAGCAAUCAUCGCUGAGUUCAUCGCCACCCUGCUCUUCCUCUACAUCACCGUGCUCACUAUUAUCGGCCACAACUCCCAGCCCGACCCAUGCGCCCGAGUCGGCCUCCUGGGCAUCGCCUGGGCCGUCGGCGGCAUGAUCUUCGUCCUCGUCUACUGCACCGCCGGCAUCUCCGGGGGCCACAUCAACCCGGCGGUGACGUUCGGGCUGUUUCUGGCGAGGAAAGUGUCGCUGAUAAGGGCGGUGACGUACAUGGUGGCUCAGUGCCUGGGAGCCAUUUGCGGGGUGGCGUUGGUGAAGGCGUUUCAGGAGUCUUACUACACCAGGUACGGCGGCGGCGCCAACACUAUCAACCCUGCCUACAGCACCGGCACCGGACUGGGAGCGGAGAUCAUCGGAACUUUCGUGUUGGUUUACACCGUCUUCUCCGCAACCGACCCCAAGAGAAACGCUCGCGACUCCCAUGUCCCUGUUCUGGCGCCGCUGCCUAUUGGAUUUGCGGUUUUCAUAGUCCAUCUGGCUACCAUUCCGAUCACCGGCACCGGUAUCAACCCGGCCAGGAGCUUCGGAGCUGCUGUUAUCUUCAACGAAGAGAAGCCCUGGGAUGACCAUUGGAUCUUCUGGGUCGGACCCUUCGUCGGAGCUGCCGCGGCAGCCUUCUUUUACCAAAAAGUGAUGAGAGCCGGAACCAACAAUGCUUUUUGGUCGUUCAGCAACAAGGGUGGUAGCUAGGAAUGGCAUCAAAUUGCAAUCAUAGUGGGCGUAACGAUUAGCCGCUUGAAUCGGAAUUUCACUAAAAUCGAACUUUGAUUGCAUACGUAUAUUUGCAAGAAGUAUGUGUAUUUAUUAUAGUACAACUAUGCCAAACAUAUUAAAGAAUGUGCGAGGAAUUAUUGUAAUAUUGAUAUUGAAUUAAUUAUAAUCUCGUUUUUGUGUUACUAUUGAUACUAUUUGUGAGCUACUAAUCUAUUUCACGUCAUGU